UCCUCUCUUUAAUACCACCCGAAUAAGUCUGAAUCUUCUUCAAGCUCUGACCUUUCCCUCCCAUCCGAGCAACAAGCAUCAACCGAGCGUUCUCUCUGUCCCACCACAAACAUGAGGCUCGCAUUCUUCAUGCUUCUGGUCAUAAUAACCCGGUCGGCGAAUAGCCGGUCCAUCCGAGGAAGCUUUGACGCCGUCUCCGACGGCAUGGAUGGGACCAACGGCACAUCCUCGGCCCUUGGCCUCACCACGACGACCGUGACGUGCGAGCCGACUUACGGGUUCUUGCCGUGCACGACGGAGCUGUGGGGGGAGCUGUUCCUCAUAGUGGUGUACGAGUACUUGCUAGCUCUGGCGAGCAGUUGGGUAUCUUCCGGGUCGGAGCUCUUCUUCCGCAUGUUCGGGACUGGACUCUUCGGGGCCUCCUUGUUCCAAAUGCUUGGAACCUUCCCUCAAGUCAUCAUAAUGCUUGCAAGUGCGGUAACAUCCAGCUCGGACACAAUCGAGUCGAUGGCGACAAUGGGGAUGGCCAUGCUUGCUGGGUCGGCGAUCUUCAGUCUCUCGCUGGUUUGGGGCUCCGUCAUCGCUUUCGGUAGCCGUGAUUUUUCCAGCUCUUCAUCAUCUUCGACAUCAGUCAACCAAUCCACCAAAACAUCGAUUAGUCUAACAGGUUCCGGGGUUGAAACGGACACGGAGACUAAGUACAUAGCCAGAAUCAUGUUUGUUUCCAUGAUUCCAUUUCUCAUUCUUCAAUUGGCAAAAAUCAUCAAUUCGACUACUGGGACACGAAUAGUUGUUUUGAUCAGUCUCAUAAUUACGGUCAUCUACCUCAUCAUUUACUGCACUUAUCAGGUAUUUCAACCGUGGAUCCAAAGGAAGAGGCUUGCAUAUAUAACGCGAUUAUCAGGAGGAGAGAGCAUAAUAGAGAGUCUUCUUACCAUCGACGGCAAGCCAAGUGAACUUCGUAUCAAAGACCUCUUUCAAAAGAUUGACCAGAACCAAGACUCGAAGGUGUCGAAAACAGAACUGUAUGCAUUCAUGCUGGGGAUACAGAUCGAAGAAGCCGGUAUGAGCACCGACGAUUUCAGCGACGCUGUGAUGAAGAAGUUCGACAUUUCCCAAGAUGAGGGGAUAAGUGAAUCCGAGUUCGUGCAAGGGCUUUGCAAAUGGUUGGACGAGGACAUGGAGUCUACAACUAAUGGUGUUGCUCAAGGCCGGUCGUCGUCAACGACAUCUUCGAAAACGACGAGUAACAAAUCGCAGGGGACGUCAGAUGAGCAAGCGACCUUACUGUCUCAGGACAAGACAAGCAAACCCACAAACGAGCUUACUGUCUGGUGGAACUACACGAAAGCCGGUUUCUUGAUAAUCCUAGGCACUGGCGUGAUGAUGCUGAUCGGACAACCCCUCAUGGAAAGCAUAGAAGAAUUCGCGAGCGCCGCCGAUAUUCCCUCGUUCUUCGUCUCCUAUGUGCUGAUCCCCUUGGCCAAUAGCUACCGGCAAAUCCUCGGAGCCAUUAGUUCCGCCAAAAAGAAGACCAAGAAAGACAUUUCCGGGGCAUUCACAGAGGUUUACCAAGGGGUGUUCAUGAACAACGUAAUGGGACUAGCCACGUUCUUGGCCCUCGUGUACAUUAAGGACAUAACCUGGGACGUCUCGGCCGAAGUCCUGGUCGUGCUCCUGAUCUGCACUUUGAUGGGGACCAUCACAAGCUUCCGCACCAAGUUCCAGUUCUGGACGUGCAUUCUCGCAUUUGCUCUCUACCCAGUUUCUCUUCUGCUUCUUUAUAUUCUCACGAGUGUUCUUGGCUGGUCUUAGGUCGAAUUUCGCUGCUUCAUGGAAUGAUACAUAUAGCAAGAAUAAAUUUCUGUGAUACACAAAUGUAAUCUGACAUAUAUAGAGUGAGGAGAAAGAGAUGGAACAUUGGUGAACUGCAGAUGAAUUCAUUCCAGGGAUCCUCAUCUUCGUG